AAAGAAUAUGCAUUGUUCUUUGGAACAUAGACAUUCUGUGGUGGUAAGUGCCGAUCGUGAAAGGGUGUGUGUUGAAAAAUACGUUUUGUAAUCAGAAGGUAGAACUUGAGUUGAAGACUAAGGCAGAAAUUUGGAUAUGAGUUUUGAUAAUGCAUCUGAAAGUGACGAUGAAAUGCAGAGAAUUAAAGUGUUUCUCUACUUUCAUUUUUAUUUUUAGGUCAUCCAGUGAGAGUGAACAAAGCUUGCAAAAUAGAAUUUCUACAGAUGGCUACCAAAUCACAUUGCCUCAGAAGAAUGGUGGAUCUGAAAGCAAAAUAUUUGUCUUUGAUAAAAUAUUCAGCUCUGAAACAUCAAAGCUUGAUCUCUACAAAUCCUUUAUCGGAUCUUCGAUACGAGAUGUACUGACAGGAUAUAACUGCUCUGUUGUUGUAUGUAACUCAACUUUAGAUGAAAAGCCACUGAAGAUGAAUGCAGAGUGUUUUGAUGGAUAUCUGGCAGUGCAAUCACUUACUGAUCUGUUAUUAUCUGUGAAUAAACAAGAAGCUCUGGAAGCUACUCUACAAGUAUCUUUUAUUGAAGUUUGUAAUGAUAAUGCAGUCUUUGAUCUUCUAAGUGAUGAUGAUGAUUGGAGAGAUUUGCAAGUCUUUGAUAGUCCAGAUCAUAUCUAUACUGAAAUACAAGGUGUAACAGAAAAGGCUAUCAUUGACAAACUUCAAAUACGUGAAAUGUUAUCAAAAGGCAUUGCAAAAAGUAAUAAGUCCAAGUUUUCUAGCAAAUGCAGUCAUAUUAUCUUGUCUGCGACUGUCAUUUUAAGAGAUGUAAAUAGUGAUAGUUUUGAAACCAUAAGAAAUGGAAAUUUUCUUUUGGUUGACUUAGGAAGCUGUGUGAAUGUGCUGAAAGCAAGAAGUGUACCAAUUCAUAAUGGUAAUGAAAAUCAUUUUAUGAAUGAAGAUGAAAAAUGGGGCGUAUAUCCUUGUUCAAUGAACAGAGAAACCAAGCUGUUUAAGAUUCUGAAAAAUUCUUUUGGAGGAAAUGCAAAAUCAAAAAUUAUUUUUACUGUCACCCCAUCACUUGAUUCUGAAACAGAACUAGUUUUUCUGGAGUGCUCAUCUUAUGCAAAAGAAAUUCAUAACAAGCCUGAGAUAAAUGAAAAGCUGAUAAUUAGGGAUUCAAUAAAGGAAUAUGCUGAAGAAAUACAAGCUCUGGAGAAAAAUGUAAUAUCUCUAAAAGAAAAGCAAGGAGUAUUAAUAGAGCAGCAAAAUUACAGGUGUCUUGAAAACAAUUUAGCUCUAGAAAAUGAGAAGGGAAAGGAUCUGAUGAAUGUGAGGAGAACUUUAUCAGAAUAUAUCCAUUGUAAAAAGGAAAAACUGAACAGACUUCAUCUGGAUUUGUUACAUGCAAAAAAUAUCAUUCAGGGAAAUAAAGAAAAUUGCUCAAAUUUGAAUUCGGAGUUGAAGAGGAUAAACAAUGAGAAAAAAGUCAUAGAUCAGGAUAUUAUCUCUGAAGCUCAAAAGUGCAUUGAAACAAAAAGUAUGAUAGGAUAUUACAUGACAUCUACUCAGAAUAAGAAAGAUGAACUCUUAAAGGUCCAAGACAGUUAUCAUAAAGCACUUUUAAAUAUUCAGCAUCUUGUUAAAAUGCUUCCAUCCAGUAAAAUCAUAACAGAAGAGCAAAUGGAAUUUAAAGCAUCUUUGGAAGAACUCAUGCUUCAUUUGAAACAAACGCUGGCCCUUUCUGGUUGUCAGCAGCAUGAUUUAUUGUUAAAAGUACAAGAUCUGUCUGUAAAUUUAGAUAAAUCAUCAAAUUUGUGGAAACAGUGUACUGACAGCAUAACUUCCAGCUUGGUUACUUUUAUUAAUAACUAUACUCAAGAUAGUUGUAAUUUAAAACAUCUGUUUUUUUCUGAACUUGAACCGAUUAAUGUUUCACAGAGAGAAAUUUUGGAUAUAAUUUUAAGCAAAAAGAAUGAGAAUCUACAGAUUAUGUCAAAUUCAAUACACAGAAUUCAGCUUUCUUGCAAUGCUUCCAUUAAAAUGCUGACUGAAAUGUUAUUCUUUUUGAAAGUUGUGCAAACAAGAGUGAAAUCCAUGCUCCGAUCCUUGGAAACUGAAAUUUGCUGUAUUUGCAAAGAGUUCAAGAAGUUUCUGACUGAUAUUUUUUAUUCUCUGACUUCAGUACUACAUGCUCUUGAAGAAGAGAAAAAGAGUUUUGUGCAGAUGGGAUCUAACACUGUUUCUCAUUAUCAUCUCAGAGAGACUUUUGGUGAAGAAUUUAUGAAAAUAAAGCAUGCUUUAGUUGCUGUAAAAGAAUUGUUUAGUUCAAAUUAUGAAUUAUUUGAAAAAAAGUGGAAUCAAAGGCAUGCAGACGUGCUUAAAAUGAAGCAAAUGUAUGAAGAAGUUUCUAAGUACUUACAUCUGUGUCACAGUGAAAUCCCAUCUAUGCUGGAUAAAAUGAAGCAGAAAAGCACAGCAACACUAAACGAUUUCCAAACAACUUUGUUAAACCAGACACAAAAUAUGGAGAACUUGAAGAACAUGUUAAAUGAUAAGCAUGCAGAAAUGGAUAACCUUGCAAAAAUAUGUUUUGAAGAAAACAAAAAGGAAAUAUGCAAGCAAGAAAAUGAAGUGAAGAGAGUUUUGGCCUUUCAAGAGAGGAAAGCUAUAAAAUGCUUUGAAAAUGUCCCCACAGUAGUCAAGACCAAUUCUCAAAGAAUGGAUGGACAGUUGAAGAGUAUAGAAAAUUCUGUGUCUGAUUUCAGUGCUGGCAUAAAAACAAGCUUAGGAGCAAACUGUUUAUCUCUGCAUGAUCUUGAAAAAAUUUUCAGUGAUUGCCUGUUUUUAUCUAAGAAGAUUUCCAAGAAAAGUAUUGAAAGCUGUGAAAAAAUUCCCAACAAAGAAGACAAGAAUUUUGAUAGUGCAAGCAGUAGUGAAUGUGCACAGUUUCAGGAAAGGGAAUUAAUAUCAUCUACUCCAACUACAGAUAUAUCUGUUGACGAAAAUGAUGUAUAUAAAUUGGUGAAAAAGGUGGAAUUGGUGGCAACUUUAUUAAUGUCUGAAGAAGAAAAUAUUUUACAUUUUGAUAGUGACUGUAGUUCCAGUUCAUCUUUAGUGUCUCUUUCCCUACUUAGGACAGAAAUUGAGGGAGCUAGAAUUAGUGGAAGGUACUGUAAGAAACAGAAAGCAAGAAAAAUAUUCUGAGUUUAGUUUUAUCUGUGAUGAUGAAUGAUAAAUCUUUAUUAUAUUUAUGUGAGGUUUUAUUUUGCAUAGUUGCUGAUUUGCAUAAAUUAAUGUAAUUUUUGAACUUUGUUUUGUAAAAUUUUAAAUGUUUUCUUUUAAAACUAAGAAAAUAAAAUUUAUUUUUACUUAUA